CGGCUGCAUGGGCUGGACCAGAGAGUCAAUGGGAACGAGCUAGCUCACUCACCACUGGCUAGCUUUCAAGUGGAAACUAAGCGAUGCUAACGUGGGAAGAAAUAGCUGAUGUACUCGGGUAAAGUGGUCGGAAAGCAGUGUUUUUCUUGUAACUGUGGGAUCAUACUUUGGUGCAUGGGAAGCAGACGACGUUUGCUGUGGCUGGUUGAAAACGCGUCAAGUCGUGUUAUUUUGGGAGAUCUCACAACAGGAGAAGAAACAGUUGAGUGACUGUCGAGGCAUCUGUCGAACAAAAUGAGUGCAAGUAAAAGAGGUGGCGACAGACAAGGUUGCUGGUAAGCUGAGUUCUACUCUCUCAUGGGUGAAGAACUCGGUGUCCCACACGGUCAGUCAGAUGUCUAGCCAGGUGGCCACGCCCACGUCGCUGCAGACCACCUCCUCUUCCACGUCUCUGUCCUCGCCCGCCGUCUCGCCGUCCUCGCCGCCGCAGCUCAGUCCCGACGAUGUGGAGCUGCUCGCCAAGCUAGAGCAGCAGAACAGCCUCAUUUUAGACCGUCUCUUCCUACGGCUCAACAGCAUCUGGGGCGAGAUGCAUAACGGGUUGCUAGAGACGGACAGCAAGUCGCUGCGCUCCAUGAACGACUCCAGGCGAAACAGCGGCUCCUCCCUGGUGUCCAGCUCCUCUGCCUCCUCCAACCUCUCGCACCUGGAGGAGGACUCGUGGAUCCUGUGGGGGCGAAUCGUCAACGAGUGGGAGGAGGUGCGCAAGAAGAAGGAGAAGCAGCUCAAGGAUCUGGUCAAGGAAGGGAUUCCUCACCACUUUCGGGCGAUAGUGUGGCAGUUGUUGUGCAACGCCCAGAACAUGCCCAUCAAGGAUCAGUACUCCGAACUCCUGAAGAUGACGUCGCCCUACGAGAAGCUGAUUCGCAGGGACAUCGCGCGCACCUACCCCGAGCACGACUUCUUCAAGGAGAAAGACAGCCUGGGCCAGGAGGUGCUCUUCAACGUCAUGAAGGCAUAUUCUCUGGUGGACCGUGAGGUCGGCUAUUGUCAAGGGAGUGCGUUCAUUGUGGGACUGCUGCUCAUGCAGAUGCCAGAAGAGGAGGCUUUCUGCGUGUUCGUGAAGUUGAUGCAAGACUACAGAUUGCGAGAGCUCUUCAAACCCAGCAUGGCUGAGCUGGGACUCUGCAUGUACCAGUUUGAGCAUAUGAUCCAGGAACAACUCCCGGAGCUGCACAUGCAUUUCCAGUCUCAGAGCUUUCACACGUCCAUGUAUGCCUCCUCCUGGUUCCUCACCAUCUUCCUCACCUCCUUCCCUCUGCCCGUCGCCACACGGAUCUUCGACAUCUUCAUGUUUGAGGGUCUGGAGAUAGUUUUCCGCGUGGGGCUCGCCAUCCUCCAGAUGAACCAGACCGAACUCAUCCAGCUCGACAUGGAGGGAAUGUUACAGCACUUCCAGAGGGUCAUCCCACACCAGCUGGACAGCGGACCGGAUAAAGUCAUCCUGGCUGCUUAUCAAGUUAAAUACAAUGCCAAGAAGAUGAAAAAGUUGGAGAAAGAAUACACGACAAUCAAAUCCAAAGAGAUGGAGGAGCAGGUGGAGAUAAAGCGGUUGCGGACAGAGAACCGACUCCUGAAGCAGCGGAUAGACACGCUGGAGAAAGAAAGUGCUUCCUUGGCAGAUAGAUUGAUCCAGGGACAAGUGACUCGGGCUCAGGAGGCAGAGGAGCUGUACCUGGCCAAGCGGGAGCUGGCCACACUCAAACAGCAAGGCGAGGAGGCCGGUGCUCAGCCGGAGCCGGCCCGGACGCCCGGCAGGCAGCUCCAGCCGCAUCCGCCGCAAGUGAAGAGAGCCCCUCUGUACUCUGAGGAGUCCGUGCUGCAGCUGGAGCGAGAGCUGGUGCAGGCCCGGCUGAAGGAGGCGGAGUCUCAGUGCGCUCUCAAGGAGAUGCAAGACAAGAUCCUGGAUAUUGAACAGAGGAACACGUCGCUCCCCGAUGACACCAAUGUCGUGCGUCUUCAAGAGGAGCUGAUCGGAGUGAAGCUGAGGGAGGUGGAGGCUCUGACCGGCCUGAAGGAGCUGAGGCAGCAAGUCAGAGGCCUGGAAGAGCACUGGCAGCGCCACUUGACACGCACCGCUGGUCGCUGGAAGGACAGGAAGAAUACCUUGAGCGAGCUGCAGGACGAGCUGAUGACCGUGAGGCUGCGCGAGGCCGAGGCCCAGGCCGAGCUGCGGGAGACACGGCAGAGGAUGCUGGAGCUGGAGACGCAGAACCAGAUUCACAGUAACCAGAUUCGACGGGCGGAGCAGGAGAGUCGCUGUCUCCAGGAGUGUGUGCAAACGCUGACGGUGCAAAAUAAAGACCUGCACGGGCAACUGCAGGAGAUCAAGCGGAGACAAGCGGAGAUUGAGUGCAAGAGUAAAGAAAAGGUGAUGGCAGUGAGGUUGCGGGAAGCUGACAACAUGGCCGCCAUGGCUGAACUCCAGCAACAGAUCUCAGAGCUCGAGAUUCAGAAAGAAGAAGGAAAGGUCCAGGGCCAGCUGAACCACACGGACUCGAGCCAGUACAUCCGCGACCUCAAAGACCAAAUAGAAGAACUAAAACACGAGGUCUGCUGCUUAAAGGGCCAGAGGGGCCUGACCGCUCCGCCCACGUUUGAUGGGAUCCACAUCGUCAACCACUACGCGGGGCGCGACGGGUCGUACCACUCUUCCGACGAAGACGGCGUCAAGGGCCCGAGCCUCCAGGGCACCCAGCAGAGAUGCGGGGGCCGGAUCAGGCUGCGCGCCAACCUCGGGGCCAGCGACAGCGACGAGGAGGAGGAGGACGACGAGGAAGACGAGGACGAGGAGGAGGACGACGAGUCCCUGCGGCUCUCUGUGCCUCCGAGCAGCAGCCACAUGUCCACCGCCGUGUGACGGAGAGUCGGGACUGAGGCUGUCGGCGCUCGUUGAGGAAGAGGAGGGCGAGGAGGGCGAGGAGGGCGAGGAGGAGGAGGGGGUUUUCAGCAGCCACUUCGCAGGAGAAGAAGAUCUGGCGCUCUGAAUUUCAGGGCGGAACUGCGUCACCAUUUCAUAGCGCGAGGAUCACACUUUAAGAUUUAGUUUGCUUUGUCGUUUCUCUUCCCGGGGCGCCGUCGACGGAGGCGGACCGUCAGCGGAGACUUUGUUAUAACGUGGAGCGCCAUCAAACUCCCCCCCCCGCCCCCCCCCCCGUCACUCCUGUAGGUACAACACAGAGAAAGAGACUGUGCAAUAAUUCCUUUUAUGUUCGAUUACACACUUCAUUCAGCGUGUUUUUAUAUUUUUAAAGCAUUUUUAAAAAUGAACAUCAAACACGUAUCGAUUCCGUUACUACCAAGUGUCCGGCACACAGAGGCCGAAUUGUAAAAGCCUGUGUGUGUGUGUGUGUGUGUGUGUGUGUGUGUGUAUACACAUAUAUCUAUUGUCUUGGUCAGCGGCUGAUAUCAAAGCGGCGUUUGGGCCUCGGCACACGCCGCACGCCUUUCCCCCCCCGGGGCGAGGGUAUCGCAAGGGCAAUGUGACGUCUGCGUAACUGUAGAUAUGUAAAUGUUUAUUAUAUUUUUUUCAAUUCCUUUUGAACUUGAAAUGAUGUAUCUAUUGCAUAUCCGAUGUUUAGAAAUGUAUAGAAAAAUGCUGAAGACAAAAAAGGGAGAUAUUGGUUAGUUUCAUGUGGUAACACAAAAGGAAAAUCCUCAUGAGGCGAGUUACUCUUCAGAGAGAAAUGUAAAAAGAUGGACGGCGGCGGCGGCCCCGGGGAACCUGAACUGGGAGAGAUGAAGCUGAGACGGCAUAACGGAGGAGAAACUUUAUAAACACAAGCUGGGGGUGGGGGGGGGGGGAUCGGGAGUCGUCGCGUGUUACCAAAGUGACCACACAGGCCAGUUCCACUCCAUUUCGAGGUGUGUGCACGGCUCUGGACUUUCCUCUGAAUGUUUGUAUCGAACGCUCCUGAACGCAUCCCGUCGUAUCGGCUCAUAUCGUCUCCGGGGGAAACGGAAAAAGUCUAAAUCUUUUUCUUUUUUCCCCCGAGUUAGUGGUGAUGAUGUGCCAUAGAUGAACGAGUGUUUGACGGAGGAGGAGGGGGAGGGGCAUACGUUAUGGCACUUUUUUGAGUCUGCAGUGCAGUAAGGACGCGCAUGGCAACACUAUGGAGCAGUUGGCACAGUCUGGAGACUAAAUGAGAUGUGUGUGUGUGAGAGUCUGUCUGUAUGGCUGUCUGUCUGUGUGCGUGUGUGUGCGUGUGUGUGUGAUGAGUUCACAAUAAAAACUUAUUGAUAAAC